AUGGCCACUGGAUUGUCUUCUAAAGAAUUUGUUGAAAAUGAGCUAAAAGAUGUUCGUUCUGAUCCAAAAUUAUCCUCAUUAGAAUUUAUAGCAUGUCACAAAGUUUUAGUUCAAGUAAGAAUCAAAUACACAGAAUAUAAGAAUAUCAUUGUUAAUAUUCAAUUCCCUCCCGAGUAUCCAGCAAAUCCAUUGUUACUUCAAAUUAAGAGUAAAGUACUACCAGAUAAACUAAUUGAAAAAAUCGAGACACUUUGUGACCAAGAACUAAAGAAGCUUGUUGGUUCCAAACAGGUGUCAACAAUCCUUUUGUUCUUAUGCGACUUUAUUAAGAAUAACCCAUUAAUUGUCUGUUCUGAAGAACUCCAAUAUAUUAAGAAUACUAUUAACAGAGAAGGUGAUGAAUUAAAGAUAAAGCAAAAGACUGGAGUAAUACUUUAUAAAGCAGCUCAAGAUCAAUAUUUUAUAGACUUCAAGAUGACAGUUCCAAAUGAAUACCCA